AAGCGGUGAAAGUAAAUUGGCGCGAGAAUGUCGGUGUUUGAAACCAGAGAAAGGGAAGUUUAGUCGACAAUAGUAAAUCAGGUCUGUGCUAAAAAGAUAAAGAUGUUCUUAAGAUGAUCAGUUCAGUCAAAGUGGAGAAGUUUGAGCCUUUUGGUAAAGCCUUCUGUUCCCUGCACCCAUUUGCGACUCUUUCUAAAACUGGAAAUGCACGAUCAAACCUUGAGAGUGAAAUCGAACCGACAUGCAAAUGGAUUUUGAGGUCCACCAAAGAACACCCAGAGUGCUACGAGGAGUUAUUUAUGCAAGGUAGCACUGUUGUUUGGAGUGUUGGAAAGUCUCCAAAAGUGAGGACAGUACAGAAAUGUUAUUCAGCCAAGUCUCUGAUAGUAGAUUGUUUAUGGAGCAAGUUUCACCUUCCAUCUGAAUAUUGCAACAGAGGAGAGAAGCAAGUUUUGUCUGGGGAAAUAUUACACGGCCUUUGUGUUGUCCAGAAUGACUGUAUCGAUGUGCUGUCAAAGGAUGGAGCUCUCUUUACCAUAACCCUUCCUUUUCCAGUGAAACAAGUGAUUGCGUUACAAGAGGGAUUGUUACUUGAGAGAGCAACAGCACCAGGAGAAAUCACAGGGCAGAGGAGGGAUAUCCCUAGAUUGUUUAGUGUCCUACAUCCUUUGGAUGAACCAAGACCUAUUACAUCUAAAGUGGAAGGAAAGAUCUCCUACAUAUGUGACCCAGCAGUUAGUGUGGUGUUUUCAUGCAGCGACCCUCCUCUGGUUAUGACAUAUGACUCUGUCAUUGGUUUACACUCUGUAUGGCACAUGAUCAAAGCAACUGCUCAAGACUGCCCAGAAUCUCCAACCCGUGUAGAGCACCCUUCAGAAAUACAUUUCAGUAACAUUCUUCAUCAUCCCACUCCAUUGCUAUCAGCUGGGGCUCACUCCCGAUUAUCGGUAGCCACUCCUACCCAGUCCUUCUCACCAUUCAACCCUUUCACUCCAGCAUCAGCUGUUAAAGCUCAUUCUGGUGUCCAGUCUCCUGCACCUGCUCAUUUGUUAUCACCAGCUUGGAACAGAACAAUAUCUCCGGCAGUCGAUUCUCCAGUAAGGAUGCUGAGGUCUCCCCUUUCCUUCUUUUCCCCGCUCAUGUCAUGCUGUUCAAGCAAAGAGGAAUCAUCCUGGGACAGCUUUCAGCCAUUGUCCCCAGAUGUUUGCCUUACUCAGGUUUGGCAAGAAACAGAAGUAGCUUUCAGUUCUAGAUGUGGCCCAAAAGAGAGAGCUUCAAAAGCAUUCUUAACAAAAGACAAAUCUGGUGCUACAUUUCUUUGUUACCUUCUUGGGCAGUUAGACAAAUUAAGAGGGGUACGGGUUAUUCAGGAUGGUGACUGUUUGGAUUUUACUGACACAUUUGAGAUACCUGCAAAGGAUGCUGCCCCAGUUGAGAAAUUAAACGUGAUGCUUGUUCUGGAGCCAAAUUAUUCACUAGUCAUUUACAGUGGAAUGGUCAAGGGCUGUCCAGUAAAUUUGCCAAUUUUGCCAUUGCUGGAAGUUGAUGAAUCAUUGCACUUUAAUACAUAUGAAAAGGUUUUAUCAUUGUCAUCAAUUAAACUGGGCAACGAUGAUGUGAACAUGGAUGAUGUAAACGUUACACCAUCAAAGGGAAAUGCAUUGCAGGAUGUGAAAAUUUCAUCACUGAGAGAUCCAGUGUCUACAACUUGUAAUCUGGCAAUGUCAGACGGAUCAAUCUACAGAAUUACACUUCCUACAUUGUCCCAAAACUUGGCAGUUACAGGUUGUUUAGAAGCUUUGAAGUACAUUCUUCCUGUGCCAUUGGUGAUUCAGACUCACUUGGCCUGUUAUGCAAUGGCCCAAGCGCCUCAUUUGCAAGAUAGUGGAAAAGAAUGGGAGUGGUUUACAAAGUGUGUCUUGGGGCUAAUGGGGUUUCAAACUGAGGACAAACUGAAGCAGUGUGACUCACCAGAAUUGCCUGCAGCUAAAAAAUCCAAAACUCAGGCAGAGGACCAGGCUUGGGAAAAGUUGAUUGAGAGUGACUUUCAUCAAAACAUGUCAAGGCAAGGCAUUGGAUUGCCACCAUUGCAAAACAAAGAGACCCCAGAAGAGAAGAAGCAUUCCUUUCCUAUGCAAAUUGAAAAAGACGCGCUUCUUCAUGAUCACAUUUCCUCUAUAUUGUUUGCGUGGCAUUUGAUUUAUGAGGACCUCAAGUUAAGUGUUCUUGGUAAAGAUUCCCUUUAUCCUUUGGCCCGGUUUCUUUGUCACCUUGCAUUAGCUCUUGGUUGGCAUGCUUAUGUUGAAUAUUACUGCAGGGACUUUCCUUCUCUUUUCAUUGGUUCACGGGAUAAACCUUUCCAUAUCACAAGAGAGCAGCAGAGUGCGAUGUUUCAUCCUCUGUGUGAGAAGCCUCCCAGUGUAAACCAAUGGCUGUAUAACUUUCUUAAUGGACAUCCGGUUGAACCCUUCCCUGUGCUACCAGGAACUACCAAGCACACGUACAAUAUUGUAAUGCUGUACUCUCUUUUCACUAAAAUGGAAGACAAAAACAGCCUUGCAGAUGAUGCGGACAAAUUGUUCAAAUGUAUUUGCAACUCAGAAGAGGUGAUUGCAACUUUCAAGGAAUCAUUUGUAACCACCCAGGAAAAGCUCAGCUGUUUUGAUUCUGAUGCUGAUAAAGUGGUCGCAUUCCUUGCGAGCAGGGAUGUGACUUGUAAGGACAUCGACUGUUUGCCGUUUGGAGUCGCUCUGCCAGUUAGAGAAGCUCUUCACCAGUCCGCAGACGACCCUCCUCUCACUCUUCCAGCUAGUGCUUACCAGCUCAUAGGCCGUGAAGAUCUUGCCUCCAUGUUAACAGAUGUAAAAACACUAAAUUCAUACACCCCUAUCAAGAUGUCACAGUCAUAUGUCACUUUGAUUGUAAUUGUCAUUUUACUAUGUAUCCUAGACGAGUUGACAAAAAAUAGAUCGUUAAACGUGGCGCUUAUUCUAGGACUGGGUAGCAGACCACAGCCUCUGUCAAACUCGCUAAUGGUGACACGAUUCAAUUUCAUUAUCAGUGACCAUGAUUUUAUUCAGGAGCAAGAAAAUCGUUUACUUUUGAUGUGCAAGAGAACCAUGGCGUUACCCGUAGGAAGAGGAAUGUUCACAAUGGCCACUUCUCGACCUGUAUUGACCGAAACUAUUCCAAUUCCACUGCUGGAUUUGACGGGACGGGCCCCACCAAGGUCUGGUAGUGUGUUCCAUGCUUGGCUUUUAGACCACGGCGCCAGUAUUCUACUACUAGAUAACAAGUUCCGUGUGUGGGAAAUAGACAGUACCUGGAUCGUUUACAACAAACCGAAAACCAAUCAACAAUCAGAAGAACAUGCUGGUUUCCUUAUGGCUCUUGGACUAAAUGGCCACCUUAACAAUUUGUCUCACAUGAAUCUUCAUGACUAUUUGUGUAAGGGGCACGAACUUACGACCGUUGCGCUCGUGCUCGGUACGGCAGCUGCUAAGCGAGGGACAAUGAACGUGACCAUCACUAAAAUGCUGAGUAUUCAUAUCGACGCCCUUCUGCCUCCAACAUCAGCGGAACUUGAUCUGCCUCAUUCCGCACAGGUAGCCGCCAUAUUGGGAGUGGGUCUGGUAUACCAAGGCACUGCACAGAGGCGAAUGGCAGAAGUGCUUCUAUCGGAGAUAGGGAGACCACCUGGCCCUGAAAUGGAAAAUGCUGUGAACAGAGAAUCUUAUUCUCUUGCUGCUGGUCUGGCUUUGGGACUCGUCAUGUUGGAGCACGGGAACGAAGCAGCCAGUGUGGUGGACCUCAAGAUCGCUGAUCAGUUGUAUCACUACAUGGUCGGUGGACAAACCAAACCGCAGACUGGAACGCAAAAAGAGAAGUUCAAGUCGCCAAGCUAUCAAAUCAAGGAAGGUGAUAGUGUGAAUAUCAAUGUGACGGGACCUGGUGCUACACUUGCUCUUGGACUGAUGUUCAUGAAGACGAACAACACAUCUGUUGCGGCAUGGUUUGAUGCUCCCGACACUCAGUUCCUGUUGGAUUUUAUUCGUCCAGAUUUCCUCUUGCUUCGGCUUCUUAGUCGAGGUCUGAUCAUGUGGGAUAGCAUACAUCCCUCCACAGAUUGGGUAGAAAGCCACAUUCCUGCGAUUGUUCGACAGUGUGAUACCACUUCGGCUGAAAGUGAAGCAACGAACUCAGACAUAGACAUGGAAAGUCUUAGUCAGGCGAAAAUCAAUAUCGUUGCUGGUUGCUGCAUGGCCAUGGGGUUAAGAUUUGCUGGCUCCGCCAAUCAAGAGGCCUUCAAUUGUUUGAUGCAUUACACUAAAUACUGUAAAGAUCUGUUGAGCAGCAAUGCAGUUGAACAGGCAGGGAAGCCCACAGUUGAGAUGUGUCUCAAUACUAUCCUUUUGUCGCUGGCUAUGGUGAUGGCGGGAACUGGUAAUCUCGAUGUUCUUAGGAUCGCACGGCAGCUUCGUAAAAGGCAUUCCCCGGAUGUUCCAUAUGGGAGUCACAUGGCUGUUCACAUGACAAUCGGUCUCUUGUUCCUGGGCGCAGGAAGGUUCACUCUGAGUACCAGUGGACCUUCCAUUGCUGCGUUGAUAUGCGCCUUCUAUCCCAGAUUUCCAAUCUCCAGCACCGACAACAGGUACCACCUGCAGGCAUUCCGACAUUUGUACGUGCUGGCGGCCGAGCCUCGAGUUCUUGUCCCCCGCGAGGUGGACACCAAAAAGGCCUGUCAUGUUCCUCUUGAAGUCACGCUCAAGGAAACGCAGUUUUACCCAGAAACAGUGUUAAAACUCACCGCACCUUGCAUUCUACCAGAACUGCAGCUUAUCAGAAAGAUCUGUGUCUCGGGGUUACGUUAUUGGCCAAUCACGAUCGACUUGACAGGAAGCAAGGACACUGUGUGUCUAUUAACCGCCAGUCAAGGAACGUUGUUUGUGAAAAGAAGAACGGGUUUCUUGUCUUAUGCCGACGAUCCACAGGGUUAUCGAAACAUUCUUGCCAAGACAUUUUCUGCCCAAACAGACCAGAUAGAAGUGGUUCGAAGCUUUUCAUCGGAUCCGAAUCUCAUAGCACUGGCGGAGUUGUUUGGUGACAAAGAUCUCUCAAACAAAAAGGAGAGAAGGUUAUGUUCGUUCAUUGCAUCGACAUUGGUGGAAACUGUUACAGAGGAAAAACCCGAAGUUUUGCAGACAUUACUGCGCAUGUGGCAGAUUGUACAUAACUUGGAGUAUGAGCCCGACCCAGGCUCUGUCUGGCAGAUGAAGCUGGCUGUAACAUUCUACAAGAGCGUGUUCCCGAGAAUUUCUAAGCGCAUGCGCAGAAAGCCCUUAAUUAGAGGGGACUUCAUCGAAGAAUACAAGUUCCUCAUUGAAGAAUCCAUCGACCGCCUUAUGAUAAAAAAUUCAAUAUUAGCAAAAGACUGUUACAGUGCUGAGGAACACAAGCGUAAAUUCUGUCCAGCAGUUUGUUGUUUUGCCGUGUAUCACGACGUCCCGUUGCCGUGCAGUUUACCGUCUUCACUACGGCAAGCCGAUGUUCCUAGUCUACCCGUGAUGCUACAGGGUACAGAAGACCUUCCACUGACAUUGACUGCAAUGCUGAGACUGCAGGCUCAAAGCUAGUUCCUUUCUUUGCUAAUACUAAGACCCUAUUCGACUGCGUGGAGGAGGGGGAGGGGUGGUAUGAACGACAGAGAAAAUGCUUCGUAAGAAGAGAAGUAACGGCAGACUACAAAAAGAAUUGGAGAAUUCCAUUCUUUAGACCCUUUUAACUCCCAGAAGACAUUAACAUUUAACUUAUCCCUAUAUCCAUACAUUAUCCCAUAAACAGGUGACGAGAAUACACCAGAAUACUCAAAUUUAUCAGGUGGAAGUUUCUCCCUCGAUCUAACACCAAAGUUUUCUGUUUAAUUUUGCAAGAAAAUUUGUAGCAGCUAGAGGGGAGAAUUAAAAAUCAUUUUUUGGAAGUUAAAGGGUAAAUAACUCUUCGAUGGCAGAGUGAAUACCCAGAGUUGUUUCAACUUAUAUUACAUAGCGAUCGACAAAUAGCUCGUUUUAAGCUUUAAGCUGCUUCAGAUCGAAGGCGCGCCAUAAAAGGAGCCUUAGGUCCCACUAGACCAUUAUUUUGUCAAUCAACCGUCGUGUGAUGUAGAACUCUUAGAGUCA